AGGUCUGCUGCUCCUUUAGCCCCCUCGUCGAGUGACUUCGGGCGGGUUCAAGGCAAGAGCGCUAGGACAUUGCCCCUCUCUACGCUCGAAGGGGGGAAGGCGGACAUGUCCUUAUCUCCCCACAGCGCCUCAGAUGAGCCAGCGAUGCCAUCGAAUGGGGAUCAAGACAAGAGCUCGCCUGUAGCCCGAUCUGCUGCUGGCUCUUCUCCGGCACCUCGGAGCAUCUCACAAAGAGAGGCAUCCGCCUUCCUCUCAUGGGUCAAAGCUGUCCUCCCUGCGCGAGCCGAACAGCUGAAGCAGCCAGAGGAUCUCGCGGAUGGCGUGGCCCUCUUCGAGAUACUGGCUGUCGUAGAUGCGGCCCACUUUCUCAAUCCGCACGCUCAGACAGGAGAGGCUAAUGGAGAGAACUACGCUCUGAAGUUGGGGACGCUGAAGAGAUUGUACAAGCUGAUGAUGCAAUACUAUACAGAAACUCUCCUGCUCUCGCCUCCCCCGGCCUGCGCCGAUCCCGACCUGAACGAGAUCGCUCGCUCUUCGUCAGUCACGGAGCUGUCCAAAUUCUGCAAGCUAGCCAUAGGCAUCACCAUUCAGUCGGAAGCGACGAAAGCGGAGCAUGUCCUUGCCAUCCAGACUCUCGCACAAGAAGACCAGCAGAGCUUGAUGGUGGUCAUUGAGGAGGUUAUGAGCGGCCAGUCAAGCAUUGCUUCGCCUCCCGCCUCUGCAGUGGCGCCAUCUUCUGGCGGCGAGACUGAGGGUCCAGAGCUACAGAGGCUACGAGCACAACAUACCGACCUAGAGAAGCUUUAUCUCGCUCUUAUGGAAGAUCAUCAAACUCUCAAGGCGGGGCAGGAGGACACGCAGAAUGAGAAGGAAGUCGAAGAUCAGAACUCCGAGCUCAUUGAUCGCAAUGCGGCUCUAGAGAAAGAAUCCGCCAAAGUCAUUGAGUACAAGCCUUUGAUCGAGAAGUACAAGGAGCAGAUUGCCGAUCUUACCCGGAGGAACGGCAGUCUGACAGAGGAGACGGGCACGCUGAAGUACAACCUGGAGCAGAGCGCUUUGCAGCUCAAAAGCUUGGAAGAGGCUCGUACAAGAGAUGCUGAAGAGAUCGAGCUGUACCGCGAGAAGGUGGAGGAGAUGGAGCUCGGGUCCUCCAAAGACGCAGCUGCAGGGAAAAGUGGGGGCGAGGUUCCUCUCGACGCUGAGCUCGAAGAUACUCUACGAGGCACGACGACUACAGAUCUCAAGCUUCGCAUACAUCAGCUCUCACGUGAGCUCAAAAGCGCCAAGACUCAAGAGGCCGAGAGUUCUGACGCCCUCGUCCUCGAGAAUCUUCUGGAGGACAGUCAAAGAAUGAAGCAAAGAUAUGAAGCUGACUACUGGAAAGAGUACCGACUGCGUCUACAGCGUGACGGAGAGCUGGACAAGAUCCGUACCGGUGGCGAAGGGUCACUAGCUGAUGGGCCUGAGGCUGCUCGAGCUCUACGGCUGCGUCUAGCAGAGGUCAUUACUGAUCUCGAUAGCCUUAGAGCAGAGCAUGCUGAGCUGAGCGUCAAGUACGAGAGCAACGAACAAGAGUUAGCCAGCGCCCGGGCGGAUCUAGUUCUAGUCGACAAGGACAAGCUCGAUAUUCUCGCCUCGUUGCGCUCCACUGUGAGCCAAGAGGGGGCAGAUUUGGAAGAGAAGGUCAAGACGCUUGAGCAGGAGUUGCGCUCUGCGCAGGAGCUGGAGAAGAGCAUGAGCUCUCAGAUACAGGGCUUGCUGAUGGAUAAGAUUUCCCUUAUGGAGAGCGGGGCGGCUGGUAGGUCAGAAGGGCCUACCAUAGAGAGGACCUCAUUGUCCCCAGAUGACCGCGAAGGCCUGACUACGAAGAACAAGGAGCUUGAAUCUCGUCUGCAAGACCUGGAGGACAAGAUGAGAAAGGCGAGGGCCUUCAUUCGUCAGCAGGACAAGCUUUUGCAGGAUGCCAGAAAGGGCACAGCGUCGCAGAAUGGCGGAGACGCGAACGGAGCAGGAGUAAAAGCAGAUGAAGAGCUUCGCAGAGAAAACUCCACCCUCAAGCAAGAGCAAGCUCUAAUGCUCUCCGCCUUCCACCAUCUCUCCUCCUCCCGCACAAGUAAAAACCUCAAUAUACUUGCCUCUCUCCAUCCUCACUCAGGCGCAACCGCAUCAGCUCAAAAUGGCAAUGGAGGAGCAAUCGAAGGAGUAGGGGGACAAGGACGAGGAAGGGAAAGGGGAGGGGGAGGCGGAGUAGUCCCGCGUUUGGGCGGAUUGGCGGUAGAGGCUAGUGCGCCGCCCCCGAAGAGUUGGUUGGGACAGCAGAAGAGGAGGAGCACGGGGAUUGGUUGGGUACUGGGUAGGAGGUAGGAGGUAAGAGGUAAGAGGUGAGAGGCGAGACGAAGUGAGGUCCUGGCCGAGCCAGGCGAGGGAAGCAGGCAAAGAGGCGGAGAACAGGUUUCGAGGCACGACGCAUACCAUGUUGAUACCCACGUUGCGAUCGCAUCGCAAUGCAUCAAUCAGACUUAGAUCAGAGUACGCCUUUGCUAGAUGUGCGAUUGACCAGAG